AUGGAUUUUUUCUUAAUAUUAAUUCGUACAUUAUGGCUUCGAAAUUCUCAAAAUGUUAAAAUAGUUUUAAUGUCAGCAACAAUUGAAAUAGAUAAAUUAGUUCAUUACUUUCGACAAGUUAUUAAUGGACAAAUUGUUCCAGCUUAUCAAUUUCAAAUAGGUGAUCGACUUUUUAAUUUACCAGAUUUAAAAUUAAGUGAAGCACGUUUAUCUUGUGAAGCAAUUGAUCUUGCUGUUAAAUUAAUAAAAAGUUUUGAUCAUGAAGAUAGUAUCAUACAAAAAAAUUACCUAUUAAACAUAAUUUUGGCAACAAAUAUAGCUGAGAGUUCAAUUACAAUUACCGAUGUUCGAUAUGUAAUCGAUUUUUGUUUAGGUAAAGAAAUUGUUUGUGAUCCUGAAAUAACUUAUUCAUGUUUACAACUUGUUGAUGCAUUAAUAAUUCAUAUGGGUCAAGAUGAAAUUCGUCUAUUUGAUGAAGAUUUACCAUUUGUUGGAAAAAUAAUGGCAGCAUUACCAAUUGAUAUUGAAUUAUCACGUUUAAUUGCAUUAUGA